AUGCCGUACAACUCCGUCCUGCUACUACCGCUGCUGCAGCUGCUGCUGCAGCUGGUGCAGCUGCUACAGCAGCCGCUGAAGCAGCAACCAUCAGUUGCAGCAGCUUUUCACCUCUCUCCUAGUCCCACGCGCUUUGUCCAAGCGUUUACAAUAACAGUUACAGCAGCAGCAGGACCAGGAGGAGCAGCAGCAGCAACAGGCAGCACGGAAGAAGAAGAAGUUGUGCGUCGUGGUGCCGCUGCAUACAGUCAGCUGCUUCGGGAAUCUUUACAGGAGGGAGCAGCAAGUAGCUGCUGGCAGCAGGUCAGCGAGCAGCUUCUGCUGCUGCAGCAAGAGACUCUGGAGGACGCCUGCAGCAGCAAGGGCGAGCCCUUUAGGGAGCUCAUUGCUCUGACGCGUGCCUCAGCUGCACAUCCUUGCGUGCAGCUCAACGAAUUGCUGCAGCAGCUGCAGCAGCUGCAACAGCUGCAGCAGCUGCAACAGAUGUCAGAAGGCAACUGGGAAGGCAUCUACGGAGAGCAGCAAGAACUGCAGCCGCAGGAGCAGCGGCAGCAGGAAGAGUCACCAGGCACGGCAGCUGAAGACGCAGAUUCCGGAGCAACAGCAGCAGCAGCAACAAGAGCAACAUCAGGAGCACCAGCGGAGAAGAAGGUGGAGUUGAUAUUGGGGGAUUCGCGGUUUCCCUUGCUGCAGCUGCAGGGGCUGCAGCAGCAGAAGCAGCAGCUGUACAGACAGUGCAUUGCUUUGACUCGGCGGCAAACUGCUGCCUGUCAGCAGCACAGCGCAAUGGACUUUGGGACAUUCGCUUUAGUUAGAGAACAAAUCAACCACAUCGACAACAUUUGUUUUUUCCUGCACAGUGCAGAGCGACAAAGGAGGGCUGAAGAGGCGGCCGUGCGUCUGUCUGCUGCUUCUGCUGCUGCUGCUGCUCGCAUGCAGCAGCAGCUGCAUCAUCUGGAGCGCAUGGGGAAGCUUCAGGAGCAGCUACAGCUGCAGCAGCUGCAAGGGGGAACGUACAUGCAGCAGCUUCUGCAGCAACUGCAGCGGGGGCUAGAAGAAUCGUUUGCUGUGCUGCAGCAGCUGAAGGCGUUUCAUCGCUCAGUCGGGCAGUGGCUGGGGGGCGGCGAAGCUGCAGCUUUAUAUUUUGCUGCUGCUGCUUCUGCCUUUUUGUUCACGUCAAGCAGCAGAGUUGCUGCUGCGCGCCUGCAGCUUUUUGUCCUUCUUGCUGCGUCUGCUGCUGCAGAGUUCGCGCUGCACCGGGGGGGGCUAUCGCCUUUCCUGAGCCUGCUAACUCAGCAGUACAAAUUAUCCACAGCUGCUGUUGCUGUUCCUGCUGUUCCUGCUGCUGCUGCUGCUUCUGGACGUACAGACGACAGCAUCCUGGCUUGGAUUGCGGAGGUCGCCUGGGGAGCCGCAGCAGCCGCAGCCGCAGCAGCUGCUGCUGCGGCUGCGGCUCAUGGAGUGUCUGUUGUGCGCUGGAGUUGUCUGCUCGCUGCCUGUUGGGUGUGGCUGCGCUGCUUCUGGAGGUACACCAGCCCGGAGCAGCAGCUGCAGCAGCAGCUGCUGCUGCUGCAGCAGCAGGUGGACGGGGUACGACAAGAGCUGCACGAAGCCCAAGCGGCGGGGGAGCCGAAAAUGCAGGAGGUGCAGCAACUGCUGCAGCAGCUGCUGCAGCGCGUCGCUGCGAAAGAUGCAACAAUUCAGCAACUGCAGCAACUCCAGUGGAAGGAAGAGCAGCUACGGCUGCAGCAGCAACAUGAACCACAGCAGCAACAGCCGCAGCAGCAGCAGCAGCAGCAGAGCUGGGCCGGCCGCGUUGUGAGGUGGGCAAUUCGCCUGGCUGCUAGCUUUGUCAUCUCAGUCUGUGCUGCUGCUGCAGCAAUAACUGCAGCAGCAGCAGCAGCAGCGUGGAGGUGCCUUCUUCUUCCGCUGAGGCUCUGCUGCCCCCUAAGAGCCGCCCGAUCCCCCGCAGCCUCCUACUGCAGCCGCAGCAGCACCAGCAGCUGGAACAGCGGCAGCAGCUGCAACAGGAAUAAGGGCUGUCGUCCUGCAGCUUUCCAGUCGGGGAAGUAUCUGCUGAACUGCUACAGCAGCAGGGCUCUGCUGCAGCAGCAGCUGCAACGCCAGGGCCCUGGAUUGCCCUUAGGGCUGCGACAGCAGUCGCUGAGAUAUAACGAAGACGAAGGGGAAGCAGCAGAUCCCACUUACCAACCCUCAACAAGCGGCAGCAGCAGCAACAGCAGCAACAGAAGCAGGAACAGCAGCAGCACAAGCAGCGAAUCUGAAUACGAGUCUCCUGUGGUUGGUGCUUCCGUUGCUGCGGAUGCUGCUGCCGAAGAGCCAGACACACCUUCCGCCGCUCUUUCUAGUGCUGCAUCAGCUGCUGCUGCUGCUGCUGCGCAGGCAGCCGAGAGCAGCAGGGCUGUGACGAAGUGCCAGCAGCAGCAGCAGCAGGAAAAGGGAGAGCGCCCUCAGCAAAAACAGCCCCCGCAGCCUCCCCCUCAGCAGCAGCAACAGAACCAGCAACAGCAGCAGCUGCAGCAGCAUCCGGCUGUACGCCGCAAUCCUGUUAGGGCCUGUCGGGUUGUGAAUUUCGCGAAGGUGGAGGACCCCCAACACCCCGAUGUCUUCUUGAGACAAGUCGUCCCCCCCGAGAGGCUAAAGGCGCUGCAUAGCUGUCGCACGCGUCUGAGUCCCUCUUCAGCGGGGACUCGCAGCAGCAGUCGCGGCAACAACAGCAGCAACAGCAGCAGCAACAGCAGCAGCGGCAGCACGUCCCCGACGAACCACAGCAGCAGCAAGCCGUCGGCGACGCAAGCAGCUGCCAGACCAACAAGAAGAAGCCCCGCCCCUCCUUCUCAACUCCUAAAGCGCACGUCACCCUCAAACCCACCCACACAAGAACAGAAGCAGCAGCAGCAACUGUUGCAGGAGCAGCAGCAGCAAGUGUCCACGCCGCCACAGGCGCGCAGAGCUCGAGGGAAGUGA